AUGGAGUUCAGCGUCCUCAUCUCGGUACUUCUCCUCCUCGCGGCUCACUCCCUCGCCGCCGUAGUCUCACCCGGCUCAGGCUCACCUCAUGAUCUCCGCCGUGAUUCAAAGUCUAAGGCGUCAUUCUCACUCUCAGCUCACUACAACGCCGCCUUCCACUCUGUCCAUCAUGAUCAACCCUCCAACCACGGUCUUUUGUCUUAUUACAAGUCCCUCUCCCGCUUGAAUGUCAAAUCCGACUCGCUUCCCCCGGCCCUUCGCAAGCUCGUCGAGGAUACCUCCUCCGACAAACCCAAGGGCGGACCUGGAGCCAGCAGCAGUCUCCCCACUACUCCCUUCUGGGAGGAGCGCGAGUACCUUUCCGAGGUCACAGUCGGCACCCCUCCGCAGAAGCUUCUUGUUAAUGUCGACACCGGCUCUGUCAGUUUCUGGGUGCUCAGUUCGGAGACGUUCAUUGCGAACAAGACGCUGCGCGUGAUUUACGAAAUUGGCAAGUCGACGACGGCGGAAAAGGUUGUUAAUGCUUCUUGGGAUUCUCAUUAUGCCGACGGAAGCUACGCAGCCGGCAACGUCUACCACGACACCCUCCACCUCGGUUCCGGCAUCUCGAUCCCCAAAGCCGUCGUACAAUCCGCCCUCGAAGUCAGUCUCGACCUCGCCUCGGACCUCGCCAACUCCGGCAUCAUGGGCAUAAGCUACAACAUGUCCAGCGAAGUGCACCCCUUGGGAACCGAAACCACCGUGUCGGAACAACUCUACGAGAUUCUAGACCAGCCCCUGAUGACCAUCGAUUUGCGCACCCACGCUAAUGGGACAUAUACCUUUGGUUCGAUCCCCUCACCCGACAACGGCGAGAAGGGAACAGAAAAGGAAGUGAAGGAGAGAAACCCGUACAAAGGCGAAAUCAACUACUACCCCCUCAGCCAAAGCGAGUACUGGCAGACUUCUUAUACAUCUUUUGCGAUAGCAAACAGUACCUACCAAUCAGAGUGGAUGAACGCCGGUCUCGGUCUCGAGGACUCUGACCCCCUGAAUGACACCGGUCCCUCUCCUACCUCUACUUCUUCAACUCAUCCCACUACUUCCACUUCCACCACCACCAACCCCAACGCAGCAACAACAACACCAACCCUUCAAGAAGCCAUAAUUGACACCGGCACCUCAGUCCUCUUACUCCCCGAAACGAUCGUCUCCAAAUACUACGCCCACGUCCCCGGCGCUGUGUUUCGGUCCAUGUACAAUAUCUGGACAUAUCCUUGUGAUCUGAAGGUUCCUGUGCAUACAAGGUCUGGUCCGCCUCCCAGCACCGAUGCUGCUGGAUCUGCUGGAUCUGCCGCCGUCGAUGGGAACGAGAACAAAGAGCCGAAGCCCGUCUUACCAGACCUAAAGAUCGCGUUUGGAGAAAAGGGUGGUUGGCACGCUACCAUUCCUGGAGCGCUGUUUAAUUUUUCUGUGAUUAGUAUUGUGGACGACUCUUUCCGUGCUGCUGCUGCCACUUCUUCCGCCGCGUCUUCUUCCCGCCCUGCUACUUUACACUUGCACAACGACAACGACAAGGCUACGAAGGAAAAGGCCAAGAUAGAGAACGAUCCGGGAAUGAUCACCCAAUGCAUGGGCGGUAUCCAAAACAACAUGGGCUUGGACGUGGGUAUCUUGGGAGAUACGUUCCUCAAGGCAGUAUUUGUUGUGCUGGACAUGAGGGGACGGGUGGGAUUUGCUGAUAAGGAUUUGUAA